AUGUCGUCUAUCGACGGAGAACGAUCGCCGAAACGCCAGCGCACAUCAGGAUCAUAUUCGCCAGCGUCACCACCCAUCACUGCUGAAACAAAGACGGCACAAAGACCCUUCACACCACCGCCGUCCGUUCGAAUGUCUCCAUCAUGGCAAUCGCAGUCACAGAUACAGCACACGAGCGGCAGUUCCCCUUCACCGCCGAGCACCGCAGGAUUCCAGAGUCACAUGGCUGGGCGAGGAGUGGGCAGCGAGGGUGGAGGCGAGAGCGGGCGCGAAACACCGGCAUCUGAUGGCUACCCAGAUACACGGCGGGAUCUUUAUGGCGAUGCAGAGAUGAGUGACAGGCGAGAGGGCGUGGAGGGGAACGAUGUGACGGGGGAGUCUGAGCACAGAAGGACCGACCACGAGCGACAACGGAGUGGUCAAAACACGGUCAUGAAGAUGCCCGCCAGCGCACCGCCACUACACAAGCUGCACACUACACCCAUAGCGCCUUCACGGCCGCACCCUUCGCAGAAUCUCAUCCAGCUUUAUGGUUUGCAGCGGAUCCAGACCUCGGUAGCGAGACGUGAUCCUGUCACAGGCGAGAAGAUCAACAAGCUGCGGAAGUCGUACGAGAACAAGGUCAAAAGCUUAGGCUUCGCGGGGCGUAACAAGGCGCAAGCGAACCAGAACGAGCUCCAAGGUCUGCUAGAUCCACUUUGGGAUCAAGAAAUACAGCCCGGCGUCUCUCUUUGGCAAUCACAGACCCGAGACUCAGGAAAGCAGCUGGGAACCCCCGAGGCAGAGAGUGACCUGUCUUCGAAGCUGGAUGCUGCUUUCCAAUUAUUACCCGGCCGCCUGCCAGCGCAAUUACACAAGGAAUGGCAGAAUAUGCUAGGACUGGACGAUCAAUCCACUGGUGGGGGCACAAAAGCAAAUACAACACCCGCGGUCAAGCCGGCAAUUGGAAGCGCUACUGCAAGAACGGCCCCUACAGUAUCGGCACGUGCAUCUGCACCAGCAUCUCCCGGGAAUGUCGCGAGACCGGAGCGAUCUGGCAAGAAGAGAUCAUACCAAGAUAGUAGUUUCGAAGGCUACGAUCAAGGGUACGACGACGAUGGUUAUAGCACUGGUGGGCGAGACAGCGCAAAGCGACAGAAGCGAAAGGACUUCUCUUCUGCCCAGAACUCGUCUUCCUUCACUAACAACCACAACUCUGUCGGAGUCCGGAGCUCGUAA